UCUCUCUGUCUCUCUCUCUCAAACACACACACACACACGCGCGCGCUAACUUACUCGCUCACUUCUUUACUCACACAUAGCCUACUCUCGAUUUUGCACGCGGGAAGGUGAAGAGCAGCGGUCAGUGCUUUAGUGGAUAUGGAGUGUGCGAGGCCCGUUUAACGGAGUGACCAUCUCACAGAGAGGCUUGACAAUCUCAGGUCUUUUUCCGCUUGAUGGAUUUUACAGCUUCAUUCAUUACUUCAGACCAGCCUUUUAUUGUGGAUCCAGAACAUCAUUCUGACACCUGAGUGCACCUCAGCACUUCGCUCCACAGUCGCAGUGUAAGGAGCCCCAGCAGCCCGCUGAGGCUGUGUGUGUAUGGAUGGGAAUGGGAGCACGGGAUGGCUGCAUUAACUGCACACAGGCCACAUGGAAAAGUAAUAGCUUCACUGGACUGCUCCUUGUUCUCCUUUUAGCUCCGCAAGCAUGGGCCCAGUGUCAGAUCCUGAGAUGUAACUCUGAGUUUGUGGCCGCUACCUUGGAGGUGGGUGGUGGGAAAGAGGCAGGUAAUGCCGGUUACUGCAGCGCCCUGCGCUCCUACGCCCUCUGCACCCGACGCACUGCCCGCGCCUGUCGAGGCGACCUGGCCUACCACUCCGCUGUACAGGGAAUAGAAGACCUGCUGAUACAGCAUCGCUGCCCCAGGACGGGCCCAACAGCUCAGCCCAGGCCACUGCCCCAGGCACCGCUUUCUGGGGACGCCUGCUUCUAUGAGAGGGGUUAUGUGCAGCGUGAGGGCCGUGCCCCUGAGUACCUGCACUGUGGUGUGUUUGGUGACCCCCAUGUCCGCACUUUCAGUGAUGAGUUCCAGACGUGUGCUGUGCCUGGAGCCUGGCCACUCGUCGACAACCAGUACCUCUACAUACAGGCCACCAGCUCACCCACCAGAGGAGGCUCUUAUGCCACUGCACUCACCAAGAUCACCAUUAUCUUCAAGAACUGGCGGGAGUGCGCGGAGCAGCAGGUCUACCAGGCGGAGCUGGAUAACGUACCCCCGGCCUUCGCGGACGGUUCCACGAGCAGCGGGGAGCGGCGGGGUCAGCACAGCCUGCGCGUGCGCUCCCAGGCGCCAGGACGCCACGCUGAGAUCUGGGCGGCGCACAUCGGCACCACGCUGGUGGUGCGCCAGAGCGGGCGCGCGCUGGGCCUGGCCGUGCGCUCGCCGCGCGCCAUCGUUGAGUCGUACACGCCGGAGCAGGACGUGCAGCUGUGCGUGUGGGGCUGCCCGAGCUCCCAGCGCUUAGACACGCCGCACGCGCUGCCCACUGCGGCUGCGCACGCACACUGCUCCGCGUUGCUGCCUUCGCGCGACAUUUACUUCCAGGCUUGCCUCUUCGACCUGCUGGUCACCGGGGACAUGAACUCCAGCUCCUCCGCCCUCGACGCCCUGGAGGACGCACGUGGUAUGAUCACUGACCCUAUGAAGGUGCAUCUGCGGGCAGCUGCAGGGGUCAGGGUCGCGCCGCGACUGCCCGCGCUGCUGGCCGCCACUUUAAUCACACUGAGACUCGCACUGUGAAUUGACCCGUCCAUGCUCCGCCCACAAAUGUGGCCCUUUUUCUUUUCUUUUUUUUUUUAGAAAUGUUGAAAGGAAAAUUGACAAAACCCCCAUUCAGACACACACACACCCAUCUUUAACCAGCAACACGGUCCCACACACAUGAACACUCAUACACACCACAGCUGCGUUCCAAAAGCUAGGCUGUGUUUCAAAUGUCUUCCUACAUAGGUCAUGAAACAAUGGCUUCUUCUCCUAAGCAGUGCCUUACAUGUCUGACAGAAAGCCAUUCAUAUUCAACUAAAACUGCACAACUCCCCAUCUAACAUUUAGUGCACUAUUUGGGUGUAGAAGGCAUAGUUUCAUGACCUAAUGACUAUAGGCUAUAGAGAGUAGGGAGCCAUUUGAGAUUCAGGCCUAGGCUGCUGUCCAGGUGGGCAGUGUUUCUAGACUGCUACUUUAUUGAAGGCAGUUCCAAACAGAAGGUUCUUCUAAAUAGAGUCAGGAAAUGCAGCCUACAUCCAGACAGCUAUCAAGGAUGCUACAGGAAUAUCCAGGGAUGUGGGAAGGGGUGUUUUAAGUUGGAGUGUGGAAAUUUUAAGGUCAUGGGAUGAGAGAUUAUACUGAUGCACAUUCUCUCUCUCAGUGUUUGAAAUACUCCCUGGUAUUUUGGGGAUCCCAUGCUGGCUGGCUACUCUAGCACUGGUUGGCUGCUAAUGCACUCUUCGUAGCGAUGCUAGCUUCAAUAGCAACAGAAUAUUUGGUCUAACAAUUCUUCUUUUUUUUCUUUUUUUUUUUGGUAAUGCACUCUUACACACAUUAAGUGAGAUCUUACACAUCUCUUCAGUUCAACUUGUGAUAAUUCACUAUUGCCAUGAAUCUCUUGGGAAAUGGGGCGAGUUUUCAGAUUUACAAAUAUGCUAUGGCAUAUUGUAAAGUUUUAUAGAGAAAUCCUGUGCAUAGGCUAUGCUUGCCUAUGAAUGACCAACUGGGUGAACAAAUAUGCUGCAGUGCCACUCUGAGACAGACCAGCGCUGCAUCAGUAGUUAGAUUAAAAACACCAAAGAUAGAAGGCAGCAUGUCAUACAUUUAUUUUCAGGAACAGAUUUUUGAUUUUGAGACAUUCGGGGGAUCAAGAGCCUAAUUAGCAGGCCCUGAACCCCCCUGGUCCCCCUGUAUUUUGCACCUUAUGCUCUCUGAUCUCUGGAUGACCUUUAGGCAAAUUAACUGAGCGACGACCAAUCAGAUUGUUGACGUGUUGCGGUAACUGAUUGGGUCUAACCCAUAAUUUAACGUUGGAAUGCACACAGAGCAGGAUGUAUAUUUAUAAAAAAUUAUUAUUUUAAACUAGACUAGAAUGAUUUUUUAAAGUUUAAUAAUAAUAUUAGACUGCUUUGGGGCUCAGAACUGGCUUAUAACUCUAUAUACGCUUUCUCUCUUUGCAUUUCAACCUGCUUGUGUUAACAGUUGUUGAAGGACGUGAUUCGGCUCACUGUAAUGAAAAUACAACUUUCACUUAACAGGGAACAGCUAUUGAAGAUAUUGAUAUUAUAUACAUAAAUUGUACAAAUACACACUUUAAAUGUUUUCACUUAUGCCAAAAUUAUUGUAAGUUCAGAGCUUUGUAUUUUUUUUAGCAGUUGCAAUCCUGAAAUCACUUCCCAUGUCCCUGAAGGUAUCCUUCAUGGUCUUCUAUUGCCCAGAAUCCUUUGCACACGCAUCAGACCCGGAGAAAUUUCAAGAGAAACGUAAACAGAUAAAGCUAACUACUACUUAUUGAUCAAAAGACCAAGGGAAUGUACAGUAAAACAUACAAUGUGCUACUUCUUUAGUUUUAUAUCUGUUUAAGAGUGUGUAAACUGAAUGCACGGUGUGAAAUGCACCUGUUUUCAAUUUUUAGUUGCAGGAUGGCAUUUAAUAAACAUGUACUGACAUGUAAAAAACAGCUAAGGAAAACACA